AUGGUAGUCGCCGGUCUGGACAUUGGCACGACGCACGGCUGCGUCGGCGUGUGGCACAAUGGCAAAGUGAACAUCAUUGCCAACGACCAGGGCUUCCGCACGACGCCGGCGUACGUGUGCUUUGAGGGGGACGAGGUCAUUGUCGGCGACACGGCGGUCAACAAGCUGCCGUCGCACGCCGACAACACGGUGUUCCACCUCAAGCGGCUCUUGGGCAAAGCCCACGCGGACGUGAAAGACCGCGAGUUUGUCAAAAACUGGCCGUUCAGCGUCACGGAAGGCGCCGAGGGCGUGGCACUGGCCGAGACUCGGCGCAAUGGCGAGAAGCACGCAGUGAGCUCCGUGGAGUUUAUGACGCUGUUGUUGCAGAACCUCAAGGACCUGGCCGAGGACUUUACGGGCGAGAAGCUCGAGCACGUGGUGAUUAACAAACCAGCGCACACGGACGAAAAGUACAUGGAGCUACUGGACGCUGCUGCCCAGAAGGUCGGCGUCAAUGUGCUCACGUACUUGAGUGAGCCCCUGGCAGCGGCCAUUGCGUACGGCCUCGACGAAGUGGCCAACAACGAGAAGCCCGAGUUUGUGCUCGUGUUUGACAUUGGGGGCGCGACGCACGACGUCACGCUGCUGAACGCCGACAAGGGUCUGUUUGAGGUCGUGGCCAGCAAGGGCAACGACACGUUGGGCGGCGAGGACUUUACAGCUGUCGUGUUUGAGCACUGUGCCAAGUCGUUCCUUCGCAAGACCAAGCUGGACGUGGCAACCAACCAGAAGGCGUCGAGUCGGCUUCGCAUUGCAUGUGAAGCUGCCAAGCGCUCGCUGUCCACGCAGACACAGGCGAACAUCGAGGUCGACUCGCUCAUGGAAGGCGAAGACUUUGCGCUCAAGCUAUCGCGGCCUCGUUUCGAGGAGCUUAUCUUCGACUACGUGCAAAAGACAAUCACGGAGAUUGAAGCGAUUCUGAAGGACAACGAGCUCGAAAAAGAAGACAUUGACCACGUUGUACUGGUCGGUGGCUCUUCGCGCAUUCCGCUCGUGCAGGCUCAGAUCAAGAAGUUCUUUGAGGGCAAGACGCUGCACACGCAGCUGUCGCCGGACGAGGCAGUGGCCUUUGGUGCUACCAUUGAGGCGUCGUGUUUGGCAGAGCUCGUGGGCUCGGAGGCACCUGCACAGGCAGUCAACAUGGUGAACGUGGUGCCCUUGAACCUGUCUGUGGGUCUUGCCAAUGGCAGUGUGUCGGAGCUCAUCCAGCGCGACACGAUCCUGCCGGCCUCGGCAACAGAGGUGUUUACGACCUCGUCGGACAACCAGGAAGCAGUGUUCUUGCAGAUCUACGAGGGGCAGCGCCUCAUGGCGAAGGACAACACGCUGGUAGCGCAGCUGAGCGUGGCGGGCAUCACGCCGCUGCCCAAGGGCGACGCCGAGAUUGACGUGACGUUUACCGUGAGUACCAAGGGCGUGUUGACCGUGACGGCGUCCGAGCGCAAGGCCGGCAGCAAGACGUUGGAGGUGACGCACGACUCGACGCGUUUGACGCCUGCAGACGUUGCGGCUAUUGUCAAGAAGGCCGAAGACGCUGCGGACGAAGAUGGCGAGCUGCUGGGCGAGCUCGAGGACGCGGAAGAGGCCGAGGAAGCUGCGGAGCUCGCGGCAGCAGCCGCGGCCGAGGUCGAACCCACUGGCGCUCCUGCGGUACCGGUGGUGCCGACGCAGGACCUAGAUUAA